AUGAACAAUCCGUUAGUGCAGUCAAGUAUUGGCGCGGACGGCAUAAACCGCGACGGACGCGCAGUGAUCGGCGUCACAAUCGUCGGUGGAUGUGAAGUAGCGACGGCGACAUGCUUCGCCGAUGGCAACAGAGACACCCUGAUCAUGGUGUUUACGGGCGGGGUACCUUUCAUCAUGAAUGGCGGCUGCGCAAUGGCGGACCUUCCUCCGAACUUGAUCACCUGCAACGCCAAUGGCAACUGGGUGUUCGCUGUCACUGGCGAGAUCAACCCUUCCAUCCAAUGCAGUGUAACGACUGUCGGUCCCGACUGUUAG